AUCACUGAAGCUGGAGUCUUACAUCUCCCUCACUAACUUUAAGUAUCAGCUGUCAGAGCAGCUUGCCGAUCACUGCAUCUGUUCACAGCCCAUCUGUAAGUAGCCCACCCAACUACCUCAUCCCCAUAUUGUUAUUUAUUUAUUGCUCCUUUGCACCACAGUAUCUCUACUUGCACAUCACCUUCUGCACAUCUAUCACUCCAGUGUUUAAUUACUAAAUUGUAAUUAUUUCGCCACUAUUGCCUAUUUAUUGCCUCACCUCCCUAAUCUUACUACAUUUGCACACACUGUAUAUAGACUUUUCUAUUGUGUUAUUGACUGUAUGUUUGUUUAUCCCAUGUGUAACUCUGUGUUGUUGUUUGUGUCGCACUGCUUUGCUUUAUCUUGGACAGGUCGCAGUUGUAAAUGAGAACUUGUUCUCAACUGGCCUACCUGGUUAAAUAAAGGUGUUCUCAACUGGCCUACCUGGUUAAAGAAAGGUGUUCUCAACUGGCCUCCCUGGUUAAAUAAAGCUAAAGGAGAGGAGGGGGAAACGGAAGAGAAGCCGUCGCCUGAACCAAGACGCAUCAACAGAGACUCAUGGGGUUAGGGGAGGCUUCAGCGAGAGGAACAGCCAUGGACGGAGACUGUCUGAGCUGUAUCAAAUACCUCAUGUUCGUCUUCAACUUCCUCAUCUUCCUGGGAGGCUCCUUCCUCCUGGGUGUAGGGGUGUGGGUGCUGGUGGAUCCUACAGGCUUCAGGGAGAUCAUUACAGCCAACCCUCUGCUCUUCACUGGGGUCUACAUCAUCCUGGCCAUGGGGGCAAUGCUCUUCCUCCUGGGAUUCCUGGGCUGCUGCGGAGCCAUCCGGGAGAACAAGUGUCUGCUCCUCUUUUUCUUCAUGCUCAUCCUGGUUAUAUUUCUGGCAGAGUUGGCUGCAGCCAUCUUGGCCUUCAUAUUCCGGGAGCAUCUGACCAGAGAGUUCUUCACUAAGGAGCUGAAGAGACACUACCAGGGAUACAACAACACUGAUGUCUUCACCGGAACCUGGAACGCCGUCAUGAACAGCUUUGACUGCUGUGGAGUGAACAGCCCAGAGGACUUUGAGGAGAGCCUGUUCCGGUUGAUCAACCCCAACGAGAUGGUCCCCGCAGCCUGCUGCAGGAGGGGCGGCCAACCAGGAGACUCGGUAUACGUCAACCAGGACGAGUGUCUAAUGGGGAAAAUGCUCUUCCGAAACAACAAGGGUUGUUACUCUGCUGUGGUUGACUACUUUGAGCUCUAUAUAUACGUGGCCGGAGCUCUGGCCAUCGUGGUGCUCACCAUUGAGCUGUUCGCCAUGGUGUUUGCCAUGUGCCUGUUCAGAGGGAUCCAGUAGGAUCCUGACUGCUGCCUGACUGCUGUAGCCGCGCGGAUGGGAGCUAGAAAAGGGAAAUCAGGAGGGGGCGAAAAAAGAGAAAAAUUAACACUUACAAAUGUGUUGUUCUUUUUGUAUCUGCAAAACAAUUUGGUUAGAAAACAAACAAACAAACAACAACCACAACAACUACAACAACCACAACCACAACUACAACAACAACUACAACAACAACUACCACAACAACAACAACUACAACAACAACUACAACAACAACCACAACAACAACAACAACUACAACCACAACAACCACAACAACAACAACCACAACAACAACAACUACAACAACAACUACAACAACAACCACAACAACAACAACAACUACAACCACAACAACCACAACAACAACAACCACAACAACUACAACAACAACUACCACAACAACAACCACAACAACAACUACCACAACAACAACAACUACAACAACUACAACCACAACAACUACAACAACAACCACAACAACCACAACAACAACAACAACAACCACAACAACAACAUCAACAUCUCGUACUUCUCAGCUGGACUUUUGAGGUACAGGGUGAGGAUUAAAAGAACAGGAUAGAGAGAGCAAAGAGACAAGAACAACAAGAAAACAACAACAUGUAAAGUGAUUUGUGUGUAAACAGUGAAACAGGUGUUUGGUGGACCAGGUCUAAAGGAAGGCUUGGUGAAGGAGAGGACCCGGUUGAAACCUGCCUGGCAGCGAAAGUAGCCUGAGUCCCGGAUCUGUUUGUGCUGUCUCGCUAGCUAACUGGGACUCAGGCUAAAGCAGAAGGAAUUACACUGAUUUUUGGAUGAAGAAUAUUUAUACCUACUGAGUAAAAAGUUGGCUUGACUGUAAUAUAGAAAUAUGUGUUGUACACUUUGGCUGUUUCUGUUCCACUUCCUCCGCUCUACCCCUCCGCUCUUCCAUCUAUUUCUACCACACUCCCUCCUCUCUACCCCUCCGCUCUUCCAUCUAUUUCUACCGCACUCCCUCCUCUCUACCCCGCCGCUCUUCCAUCUAUUUCUACCGCACUCCCUCCUCUCUACCCCUAAACAUCUUAUUGUUAGAGCCACACCUCUUUAAUGUUGUACAAAGGCCUGUCUAUAGUGUGUGUGUGUGUGUGUGUGUGUGUGUGUGUGUGUGUGUGUGUGUGUGUGCAUGCGUGCGUGCGUCCUGCCUGCAUGUAGCCCCUUUUUGAAAGCCAACUUCUGAUAUUUUUGUUUUAUUUUGUAUUGUGACGUUCAUUGCAGUAGUGGUUUAGGUGACAAUAAAUGUAUGUAUGUGUGCAUUUGUAUUGAAAAAAAAAAAUUAUGACAUUAAAAAUGGCAUUAUAAAAAAGA